AUGGCCGAUCCCUGGGCCCCUCUUGUUUGGAUUGACUGUGAGAUGACCGGUCUCGAUCCCGACUCGGACCAGAUCCUCGAGAUCUACUGUCUCGUCACCGAUGGUCACCUGCGUCCCGUCGUGCCCGACGACCCUGGCUGGGGCGCUGUCGUUCACGUGCCUGAUGCCGCCGCCGCGCUCGCCCGCAUGGACGCCUGGUGCACCGAUCACCACGGUGCCAGCGGGUUGACCGAAGCUGUGCUCGCCUCGACCAUCUCGCCCGAGGCCGCUGCUGCUGGCCUGCUCGCCUACGUGCGCGCCCGCGUGCCCACUCCCCGUGUCGCCCUGCUCGCCGGCAACAGCGUCCACGCUGACCGCGCGUUCCUCCGCCGCCAGCCCUAUGCCGCCGUCAUCGAACACCUCCACUAUCGCAUUCUCGAUGUCAGCACCAUCAAGGAGGCCGCGGCUCGCUGGCUGCCCGGAACGCAGACCGGCCAGGACGAUGGUGACGCUCCAGGAUCCCACACCUUCAGACCACCCCCCAAAACUGGCACUCAUCGCGCUCGUGAAGACAUCCUCGAGAGCAUCGCCGAGGCUCGCUUCUACAAAGACACCAUCUUCGCCCGGUCACAGAAUUAG